GUUCAUCUUACACUUACCUUAUACGUCCCGCGACUUCAAAACUUAUUGUCACGACUUGAUAUAAUACUUUCACUGAAUAUAAGGAGAACAAUGUGAUAGAAAUCACAUGUGAAAGUCUUUAGUACGAUGUGUCGUGGAUAUGCUCCGUACAUGUAGAUAUACAUCCAUACUUUGGUCAAAAUAUCUCCAGCUUCGAGAUUUAUACCGUUAUGACGCUGACCUGGAUGCAUGCCGGGUUCUCCGUGCAGACAUUCGCGGCUCUUAUCGCUCUAGCUAUUAAUUCGUCACUUCGGUCCAAUGUUCACGUGUUUUGUGUGAUUUGUUCAAUAUAUUUUUCUCAACAUAGUGCAUUAUAAUUCAAAAAUAAGUAACUAUGGAAGGCCCGCGCCGCAGGAAGAUUAAAACAAUUGACAAUAAAUCGACAGAGCGAUCUUCUGAACUCACUGGGAAUUUUGAGUGCAAUGACACCGGGGAUUUUCCGCAGAAAAAUAUUAGAGACGAGGGUGACGGUGCGUCAGUGUCUGAAAUGCCAGUUGAAUGUAAAGCCAAGGAGGCUGGAGAAUUAUCUACAGCUUUGCCAACCCGGUUGAGAGUGAACCUGGAAAUUGAUUUAGUUGCUGUAAUUUUGUUACUCAGUGGAUUAGCAACUCGAUUAUAUCGACUGGAAGAACCUCGAAGCAUCGUGUUUGACGAACUCCAUUAUGGGAAAUAUGUUGGACUCUACAUGAAAAAGACGUAUUUCUUCGACUCACAUCCACCUCUGGGAAAGCAGUUGAUUUCAAUCGCUGCUUAUUUAGCAGGUUUCGAUGGGAAAUUUAAAUUUGACCGAAUAGGAAGCGACUACACUGACAUGGUUCCCCUUUUUGCUCUGAGAAUCAUCCCAGCUUUCUGCGGCAGCUUGGUACUGCCAACUGUUUAUCAUUUGGCUCUUGAAUUAGGCUUCAAACAAUGGAGUGCGACUAUAGCAGGAAUGAUGUUAUUAUUUGACAACGCUUUCCUAACGCAGUCACGGUUUAUUCUGAUGGAAAGCAUCCUGAUACAAUUUUCAUUAUUUGGCUUGCUGUGUGUUGUCAAAUUUAGAAAGAUUAUGGACAAGCCCUUCACAAUAUCCUGGUGGAUCUGGCUUUCAUUAGGAGCUUUUAAUUUGUCCUGCGCUUUAUGCGUAAAGUACGUUGGGUUCUAUUCGCUUCUUCUUUCGGUUGCGCUGAUAACCCGUGAUUACUGGAGUCUGCUUCCGCAUCGAUAUUUGUCAGCAGGUCUCCUGUAUAUUCAUUUGUUUGCAAGAAUGUUCGUACUCAUAACUAUCCCAGUAACGGUGUAUGUGGGAGUGUUCUAUGUCCAUUUAUCAAUCCUGACAAAAGCUGGACCCCACGAUUCGGUGAUGACCAGCGCCUUCCAGGCUAGUUUGGAGGGUGGUUUGGCGAGCAUUACUAAAGGUCAACCUUUGGAAGUUACACACGGUUCACAGAUAACUCUGCGACAUACCCAUGGUAGAGCAUGCUGGCUGCACAGCCACAAUCAAGUGUAUCCGCUUCGUUAUCCAGACAAUCGGGGAAGCUCUCAUCAGCAACAAGUGACUUGCUACUCGUUUAAAGAUGUGAAUAACUGGUGGAUAGUCAAGAGACCAGGAACAGACGGUCUGGUCGUGACCAAGCCAAUCGAUCCCAUAAAGCACGGGGAUGUGAUUCAGUUGGUACACGGAAUAAGCAGUAGAGCGUUGAACUCGCAUGACGUAGCCGCACCAAUGUCUCCGCAAAACCAAGAGGUGUCCUGCUACAUAGAUUAUAACGUUUCUAUGCCAGCACAAAAUAUGUGGAGAUUAGAUAUAAUCAACCGAGAUCAAACUGGACCAAUUUGGCAUACUAUUCAAAGCCAGAUACGGUUGAUCCAUGCGAACACAGAGCAGGCGCUAAGAUUUAGCGGUAGACAAUUACCAGACUGGGGAUAUAAUCAGCACGAAAUUGUUGCAGAUAGAAUAAUUGAGCAGCCAGAUACAGUUUGGAAUGUAGAGGAGCAUAGAUAUACCAAAAGUGAAGAUCAAAAGCAACGGGAAAGAGAAUUAGUUGGUGCUGAAAUGAUACCGCUGCGGGCCACUACGUUGAGCUUUUGGGAAAAAUUUGUGGAAUUGCAAACAAAAAUGUUCUUCAGUGCCCAGGAAGGUCAAAACAGUCAUAUGUAUUCCAGCGAGCCCCUAGAGUGGCCAAUGAUGACACGUGGCAUCGCCUACUGGGUCUCAACUGAGAGUAACGCACAAGUGCAUUUGCUGGGUAAUGUAAUUGUUUGGUACUCUGGGACAGUGUCGAUUCUGAUAUACUUCUUAUUGCUCAUGUUUUACUUAAUGAGGCGUCGAAGAUUGUGCUUUGAUGUAUCGGAUCAGGAGUGGAAAAGAUUUGUUAAUUUUGGUGAAGUUCUUCUUGUUGGGUAUCUCCUUCACUACCUGCCCUUCUUUUUCGUAGAGCGCACGUUAUUUCUACACCAUUACUUACCAGCGUUCGUAUUCAAGGUCUUAAUAACAUCAGCGGUCAUCGACCAUCUGCACUAUUUAAUUGGAGAACGACUGAAAUGGCAUAUUACCUUGUUUUUAUUCAAAAUCAGCAUUGCAGCAUGGAUAGGUAUGAUUAUAUAUGUAUUUAAAAAAUUUGCUGUUUUAAGCUAUGGUACAACUCCAUUGACAGUCACAGAAAUAUUGAAAUUGCGAUGGCGUGAUACUUGGGAUUUCAUUAUCCAUAAAACUUGAGUCAGAAAAUUUAAUGCACGUUACUUCGAUCUGAUCAAAUAAUGAUUUAAUAACUGAUGAUAUUGUUUGUCGUAAAAAUAUUCGUUUUCAACUAACACUGCCUUAUUAUUGUCGCAAUCGGGAAGAAGACAGAUUGCAGCUAUUCAUUUCUCUUUUUCUUGUCGGUUGAGUAAAAAUCUGUGAUUCCCCAAUAUAUACAUGUAGAUACAAUCUACAAUAAACAAUCUAGUAAUAUGAGAUAUACUAUUUCGUAAGUGGUUUUUAUAUCAAUUUUAUUUACUUGUUAAACAGACAUUACAAAUUUUCAUAAUAUUUCUACAGUUGAGUUAUAAAUAUCUACUGUAACUCGUAGUUCAGAUGAAUAUAUGAAAAAUAGGUAUAUUAUAAUAUAAUUCCGGAUUCUAGUAUUUAUUUACGAUAGCAGUCGGAUGUUAAAUGGUUGAAUCAAGACAUUCCACUAUGAAAACAUAUCAUGAGAUUAGUAUUCUGAGGCAUGAUGUAUUAAAUUAAAGCGUAAGCUACCGUAUAAUUUAUUGUACAGAAGGUAUUCGUACUGAUUAUCUGCUAAAAUUUUAGAAAAUUGAAAAGUAUUUACAACAGCCCUGAAAUUACCUUUUGAUAUUACAAUAUACGUAUUGGAGAUUUUUUCUUAAAUACAUCUUACAGUAUAAAAGUCAUUGAUGAAUUUGUUACAUUUGAUAUGUAUCCAUUCUAUGACGAACAGUUAUACUUGAUGUUAUUUGGGAACAACAGAUUUGGAUAAUGGGAUUUACAAAUGGCCAUAAACUCUCAAACAUUAGAAUAGAAUUGAAGUACCAUUACUAUAAUGGUAUACUCACACGAUAUACUCUUCAACAAAUGAUAAUACUGAAAAUAAAGAACAGUACGACAAUGACUUAAAUAUGUAUAAUAUGAAAUUAAACCUGCGAGAAAACUCUACAACGUGGUAUAAAAAUUUUACUUAUAUUUUGUAUUAUUUAUAAACUAAGAAAAUGAUGGUCAAGUUUUUAAACGUAUUUUAGCUAUAAAUUUAGGUGUAUUUCCAAUGUACAGAGGACUAUGGGUGUGAUAUAAAACAUUGACAUAAUGUAUACAAUUUGUAUUC